GUGACGCUUGCCGUGGCGAUGCGUCGCCACACUGUAAACGGUAUAUAUAUAUAGUGUGGUGACGCUUGCCGUGGCGAUGCGUCGCCACACUGUAAACGGUAUAUAUAUAUAGUGUGGUGACGCUUGCCGUGGCGAUGCGUCGCCACACUGUAAACGGUAUAUAUAUAUAGUGUGGUGACGCUUGCCGUGGCGAUGCGUCGCCACACUGUAAACGGUAUAUAUAUAUAGUGUGGUGACGCUUGCCGUGGCGAUGCGUCGCCACACUGUAAACGGUAUAUAUAUAUAGUGUGGUGACGCUUGCCGUGGCGAUGCGUCGCCACACUGUAAACGGUAUAUAUAUAUAGUGUGGUGACGCUUGCCGUGGCGAUGCGUCGCCACACUGUAAACGGUAUAUAUAUAUAGUGUGGUGACGCUUGCCGUGGCGAUGCGUCGCCACACUGUAAACGGUAUAUAUAUAUAGUGUGGUGACGCUUGCCGUGGUGAUGCGUCGCCACACUAUAAUAUAGUAAAUAUAUAUUUAUAUAUAUAUAUAUAGUGUGGCGACGCGUCGUCAUGUGGAAGUGACAUUUCCCCCACCGCACCGAUCUUGGUCUUCAGUGUACAGUGUUGUUUGAUUACGGUACAUAUAAUAAACAUAAAACAUACCUGUUUUUUAUUAUUUUUAUUAUUAUUUAUAUUAUUAAUAAUUUUUUUUUAAUUAAUAAAUAAAUAAAAUCGCAUCAAAAUGUCUGACAGUGGUAAUUUACAAAGUGAAAGUGAGCAGCCUCCAGCAAAAAAAGCGCGUUAUGACAUAUUAUCAAGUCAUGAUAGCCAACAAUCAUCGCAGUGGUCUCAAAAUAUUAUUAUUGAAGCUAGACAUCAAGAUCAGUUAAACACAAGACAUGCCAUUAAUGUUAUUAGCCAACAAUCAUCUCAGUGGUCUCAAAAUAUCAUUAUUGAAGCUAGACGUCAAGAUCAGUUAAACACAAGACACACCAUUAAUGUUAUAGUAAAUAAUAAUAAAAAGGAAAGUCAAAAGCGAUAUAGGGAAAAUAAUAGAGAAAAAUUAAAACAACGUGAAGCGGAAAGAAGAAAACGAAUGAAAUGUUUACAAAGUACUGCCGGGCCAUCUACUUCUUCAAACACUAAUACCAUUGAAUUGAAUGAUGAAGAUACAAUAAAUGUUAUUUCCCAAUGUUCUUCUGGCUUGGAAAAUACAUGCACAGAUUCUAUUCAAAAUAAUGAGCAAGCUAAUAAAAUAAAUGCUCUCCAAAAAAAACGAGAACGCCAAAAAAGAUACAGAGAGCAAAACAGGGAAAAAUUAAAGCAGCGUGAAGCGGAGAGAAGGAGACGUUUGCGAAAUGUAGAAAUGAUACCAGAAGUGUCCAAUUGUCUAAAUAAUGAAUUUACAGAAAUUAUAAAUGAUCCAAUAAUAAAUGAAACAGAAACAGAUUCUGGGCGUGACUUUGAAGAAAUACAGCACGUAGUGAAUGAAGUACCUCAGCAAAAUUUAAGAGACAUGUCAAAUACGUACAGCCAAUUUAGACACCAUAAAUUAGCUCAUGAAUAUUUUCAAAAUAAUUUUAAAAAUAAUGAAUUUGGACAUGCUUGUUCAAUUUGCGACCGACUAUGGUUUGCAAAAGAUUUGAAGACACCAUCUGCAUCUGGACGUAUAAUUGAUAUAAUAAACGUUGGGCAAAAUGUGGAUGUUCUCAAAAUAUGCUCUACUUGUAAAUCAGCACUAGAUAAAAAUCACAUUCCUAAUAUGUCUGUGUAUAAUGGAUUUCACUAUCCAAAAAUACCCCAACAUUUGCCAAAAAUAGAUUUUAUCACCGAAAGGCUUAUAUCUCCUCGAAUACCUUUCAUGCAAAUACGUAGAUUGAGACAUGUUCAAGGACAAUUUGGUAUAUACGGACAAAUUAUUAAUGUUCCUGUUUCUGUUGACACUAUGGUUCGGUCACUUCCGAGAAAUGUCAAUGAUGAACAUUGCAUUUACGUUCAUAUAAAAAAAAAAUUGAUUCACAAAAGUAGUUUUGUUCAGGGCUUAAUUAGCAUUAGAUCAAUUAAAACAUGGUUACAUUAUUUGAUUAAUACUCCUUUAUAUCAGCAUUACCAAAUAACAAUUGAUGAAUCAUUUUUUAAUCAAGAAACACCAUUGAUUACACAACAGAAUAUCGACGAAUUCAGUGAAAAUAUUGAUAUUGAAGAAAGUCUUUCUGCUCAACAACAAACUUUAGUAUGGAAUGAAGACAAGUAUUUAAGAUUAGCACCGGGGCAACAAAAUAUUCCACAUAGUUUAUUAUUUGAUGAGCAUGCUGAAGAGUUAUCAUUUCCGAGUAUUUAUAUGGGACACUUUAGGGAAUUUAAAGAUACAGUCAAAGUUACACCAUUUAUGAUGGCAUCUAGUGAAUUGCGACGUAAGGAUCGCCGAGGAGUCAAUCCCUAUCAUUUGUUAUACAUGGCUGUAAAAAUUAUGAGACUGCGAGUUCGUGACUGUUUAACAAUUGCAUUCAAACAUGUUGGUACAGAUACCAAUAUAACUAAAGAACAAGUUCAAACCGAAGAGUAUAUUCAUAACUGUAUAGAGUCCAAUUUAGCUUUUUUAAGGUCAAUACCCAAUUCAGUAUGGUACUGGUCUACAAGAAAAAAAGAUUUAUUUGCGAUGAUUCGACAGCUAGGAAAGCCAACAGCAUUUAUGACAUUAAGCGCGAAUGAAAUAGGGUGGCCGGAUUUAUUAACAUUGUUGAAUAAAUUAGCUGAAGAAAAAGAAGAUGUACAAAAUAUUAACGCAUCAGAACUUAGUUUCAUCCAAAAAAGUUCAUUAAUUAACAAUGAUGCCGUAACAUGUGCUAUUUAUUUUAAUAAAUUAGUUAAUGUUAUAAUGUCAAUUUUACAAUCGAAGAAAUUUAGUCCUUUUGGUAAGUUCAGAGUUAUAAACUACUUUUUGAGGAUUGAAUUUCAACAUCGUGGAAGUCCACAUGCGCAUAUUCUCUUGUGGCUUGACAACGCUGCUAUAGAUAUUCUUGGAGAAGAUCAAAAACAAGCUAUAGAAAUGAUUGAUAGUUUAGUGUCAGUAUCAACGUCGGAAGCAUCCGGAAAUAUCAAAUUACUUACGCAUAAGCACACUUUUACAUGCUACAAAAAAAUUGGCCCAACUUCAGUACAAAAGUGCCGAUUUGAAGCACCAUUUAUGCCGUGUAAAUCUACAAUAAUUUUAAUACCGAUGGAUAAAACGAAUCCACAUUACAAAGAAUAUUUGAAAAGAUAUAAUGAAAUUAGAAUCAACUUAGAAAGUAAUGACUAUGACAGUAUUGAUGAUUAUUAUGAAAGUAAUAAUAUCAGAUCAGAUGAAGAAUAUAAAAAUAUACUAAGAUCUGGUAUAAAUAGACCAAAAAUAUUUUAUAAACGUCAUCCAUCAGAAAAAUGGCACAAUACUUUUAACCCAUUUGUUUUCAAUGUCUUAAAGUCAAAUAUGGAUUUCCAGAUAAUUACUGAAGAAUAUUCUUGCGCUGCAUAUGUCGUCGAAUAUGUAAAUAAGACUAACAGAGGCAUUAGCAAUUUGCAACGCAAAAUAAUAGAAGUUAUGAAUGAGAAUCCAGAAUUUGACAUCGUUGAAAUAACUCGUAAAAUGAGCGUUGACAUGCUGAAUACUAUUGAGAUGAGUAGUCAAGAAGCGGCUUGGUAUCUUUUAAGGUUGCCAAUGUCUAAAUCAUCAGUUGCGAUUCAGUACAUUAACACUUGUUGGCCGAUUGAAAGACAGAGGAUAAAAAAGACACAAAAGCAAAUAGAUGAACUUGAUGAUGACUCUACUGAUAUUUGGAAGGAAGAUUGGCACGACAAAUAUCAAAAACGGCCACAAGAAUUGGAAGAAGUUUCUUUAGCGCAGUUUGUUUCAAAAUAUACUAAAAACAGAAAGGGAGAGUACGUCAGAAAACAGCAUCCUCAAGUUAUUCGUUAUAGAAAUUAUAGUAUGACUCAGGAUUACAAUGAGUAUAGAAGAGAAAUGGUUACCUUACAUAUACCAUUUAGAAAUGAAGACACAGAAAUAUUAGCAGAUAUGAAAUUCACAACUACAUACGAUGAGCGCGAAAACGAAAUUUUAGAAAAAAGAAAAGAAUUUGAGAAAAAUAUUGAUAUUCAAAAGAUAAUUGAUAAUUGCCGACAAUUAUGCCAUGAGGAUGAGCUGGUAGAUGACGAAUCAGAAAUUCAAGAUUUUGCGACAAGAUUUCCAGAGCCAAAUCCCUUUGAAGAAUUUUACAGAAAUCCGAAUGCUGCUGUAAAUGAAGAUUUACGUAUAGCUACGCUUAAAAACUUAGGAGCAAUAGCCAGAAGAAGAGAAAAUAUCAUGAGCAAUGAUCGUUUUUGCGAGCUUUAA